AUGCAUGGCCUUGGUUGGGUUUGGGCACAGUCGCCGGCGCUGCCCCAGAGUGUCGCUCGCUUCGCGCGGAGCUCGGGCACAGCCGUACCGGAAGACGCACGCCUGGACGGGGUCGAAGCAACGACAGCACCCCUCUUCGCCUCCUGGCCGGUAAGCAUUCUGCGCAUCGCACGCCUGCCACCCGUCGACCCUUGGCAAGGCAAAGUGGCUUUCUCCCCUCGCCUCGCUCACUUGCAGCCCAACCACCUGCAUAUCCUAGCCGCAUCCAACACCCAAAGUGGCCGUACUGCCGUUGACCGCUCUCGGCUCGCCCUGCGCAUCAGCUGGCUGCGCCGCCCCGCCGCCCAGUGGUUCGGAACGCGCCACUGCUUGGCAUCUCUCUCGUCUCUCUUCGGCGGCUUCUCCGUCUCGCCAACGCCGUCGGAAGCUCCGCACACUGCUGCUGCUGUUGCGCCAUUCCCUCAUCCUCGAAAGUCGGUCGACCGUUCCCUUAAGCACGACCCCAAUCUCGUCACGCUCAACAGCUCCAUACGGCUCCAGUUACCCAGCCAGUGUCGCCAAUUCGACUUUCCAUUGCCACCACGUACCACUCUACUCGCAUACAACCGUGCGCCAGCUCAGUUCCACCAGCCACCGACUUCCACUUUCCCAAGUCGGCUUGUUGCUACGGCGCUCGCGGCUGAUCCGUCGCAUCCUCGAAGAGGGCGAGCUUUCCGUCGCAUCGGAGCUGUUCCGACACUCGCAACGUCAGGCACUUCCGCUCUUUUGCGCGGUCACCUUCGACGCUACACGCCCUCGUUGAUUCUCAGCACACCACACCCUGUCUUCCAUCUGCAUUCGACUCGAUGCGCGUCCGAGGACCUAGCUCCUAGCAGCGACUUUCCACGCCACAUUCCGACACCGGUCCAGCCACACCACAUCACCUCGACGCUCCACCCUGCCCACUGCGGCACGCCUGCCUAUCCGUCGCAAAUGGAGGGCUCUGGCGCCAGGCGCUACACCACGCCUCCUCCUGGACGCCAAGCGCCUCCAUACCAGCACACACCUUCGCACUACCUUGCAGAUGCAGGACCGCAUCCUCUCGAGCAGAGGCCCAGCCCUCAGUCGCGACAGCGCUCCUGGCACCAUCCUUACAUGUCCACGUCACGCGGUGCACAGGGUCCCAGUCCGCCUGCCCCGCUCGAAGCUGGAGCAAUGCCCCUGACGCGCGCUCCCGACUACGGUCCUCUUGAUCCGCUCGCCCACGGUCUGCGUCACAACACAUCACCGUCCUAUCGAUCCGAGCCCCUGCAUCCUGCGCCCGACGCCAGGUCACGAGCCUCGUCACGCGCAGAGGCGCAACCGCUCAACAUUUCGGCACUUCCGACACAUCCCUCGCGCGACGUCGAGAGGAUCGGAGGCAUCGGUCCCAGCCGCAACCGGGGCCGCUCCAGCACUCUGACGCUGCCACACCCCGACACCACUCGUGUCCGAGGAAGCUCCUUCAUCGGCGCAAGGCAGCACACUCCUUCGCACGGCCCCGUCCACGUCAAGUACGAUGAGCAGUCGCCGCUGCCACCGCGGUCGUGGGACGAGGGCCGCUCAUUCCGCGACGGCUACCACAACCAUGGUGGUGAGAUGUAUGCGCACAGGCAUCACUCGCCAGGCCUUCGCCCAUCGUCGCGAGAAUCGCCCAUCCUCUUUGCUCCGCUCAGUCCGAGCCAGGACCCUCACAUGCAGGUGCCUCGCCGCAUUUCGGGAGCCCAGCACGGCAACCCAUCUGUCAUGGCACGCCCAGGCCAGUAUCGAUCGAGACCUGGCACGCCUGUCUCUCCGCUCAACAUGGAGGGGCUUUCGAUGGAGGAGGCUUCGAUGCCUUCGGCUUCAGGCAUGGCCGUACCAUCGCUUCACGGUCAGGGACGUUCGCCUGCCGAAGCACGCGUCCGCAACGACUACUUUGGACCGGCAGCAGCGGCCGACUGGACACGACAGAAGCACAAGAACGGCGACUUGGCCGCCAGCCCUCCUUCCGUAUCCUAUGCGCCCGGACUUCGCAAUGACCCGCGCGACUACGGCUACCGUCCUGCGACAGGCAUGCACGGCGAGGCCAUCUCACCCGAGUCGGAGAUGGCGCGCUACCAUCAGGCCUCCUAUCCUGUGGGACAGCCUCCCAUGCAUCCUGCUCGCGCUCCGGGACUGGAACCCAUUCACCACCACCCCGGCAUGUCGCGGCUGGAGCAGAUCGACCGCGAACGAUUCGCCGCGGCGCAUCAUCCGGUCGCCGCGUCGCCAGACACCUAUCUCGGUGCUGGCGCAACGCAGGACCAUGGCUUCCACGCCGAGUAUACCUCGCAGCCGAGGCCGGGAUCCGCCGGCACGUAUGUGGCCAACGCGCCCCAGCGGAACGCGCCGGUCGACCGCAUCGCGCACAGCCGACGAAGGAGGCGACCACCCUAUUCGUACUCGUCGAUGAUCACCCAGGCCAUCGCCUCGUCGUCGGAAGGCCGCAUGACGCUUCGUGAGAUCUACACCUGGAUCAGCAGCAACUUUUCGGGGUACCCCAUGGCGGGUCCCGACUCGCAGGGCUGGCAGAACACGGUGCGACACAACCUCUCGCUCGGCAAGAUCUUCAUCAAGAAGGCGCGCACCGCGCAGGACAUCUACGACAGCUGCUCUUCCGGCAAUCCAUCGCAGAGUCAGGCGGCACGUGGCAAGGGAGGCUGGUGGACGCUUCAUCCCGUGGUGCUGGCGCAGAUCCGUUCGGGCCAGCGUACGCACAACGACGAGUUUGACGACGUCGAGCGCCUGGUCGAGACCGAGAAUGCGGCAGCCAAGGAGGGUGCUGUUGCUCGAGUCGCGGGCGCGGCUGCGAUGGCAGCGACCUCGUCGGUGUCGUCGGCAGACGGCAGGUCGGCGCCUCGCCGUUCCUCGGCGGAGAUCAGCCAGCACAAGACACUCAGCCGACAGCGAAGCUACUCGGACUCGAUGGAUCCCACUGCGGUGGAGCACCGCCGUGUGGGUCCGAGCCAGCACGCCUUGACCGCGCCGGUGAGCCGCAAGACGUCGAUCGGUGCGAGCCGCAAUGAGGCAAAUGCGCGGACUGCGUAUGCACCGUACUCGACUCCGCUCUCGGAUCGCAGGAUCAGCGGCUCGUCGUCGGACCGCACCCGUGUCGACAUGCCGUCGGUGCUGCAGACCAAGCUGGGCGGUGGUGCGAACGAUGAGCGAGUGCAGGCGCUCGGGCGCUUUCGUGGACACACGAUCGGCGGGCUCGAAUCGUCUUCGCCUCGCCGUUCCAACUCGAUGCCGCAGGCCGAGAUGGAUGGGGCGGGCGAAGAAGCGCACGCGCACGUGCUGAGGCGCAUGCAGCCGGAUGCUUCGACCAGUCCGCGUGCGGCCGGCCGGGUGCGUGCGCAGAUGGUGGAGGACGUCGAGAUGGAGCCCUGGGCAGCGUCGUCGCGCCCGUCGAGCGUGGUGCUGCAGGAGGCGCGCGAGACGCUCGCCAACACCAAACAGCAGCAGCAGGAGCAGAUGCUGCGUCAGGCACACGACGACAAGGUUGCGCUGGCUGACGCACCCGAGGGCGCCGGUCGCAUGGCCAUCCGGGGUCUUCUCAAUAGCUAG